AUGGUGGUACGGACCGACUCGAGAGCUGCGAAAACCGGACCCGGAUUUUCCAGGGCCGCCGAAAUCGCACCGGACGCCGCCCGAGCCGCGGCGCUCUACAGGUACCUUUUCCGUAUCUCCGACGAGCCGAUUCCACGGACACGGUCCUUUACAAAGAAGAGAGAACUCUUCCUCGGGGCUUUCGGCGAUGUCUCUGGGCUCGCUUGCGUCACCGCGAACCCACCUCGGUUUUCUUUUUCUUUUCUUUUUUUUAUUUCUUCUCUUUCGACAUCCUUUUUUUCCCUUUAUCUUUUUAAAAUUUCCCCACUUUCUUUAGUCUUUUCAUCUUUCGCAAAUAUUUUCUGUCUUUCUAAAUUCUUCUUUGCAGCAUUUUCUCCUUCUCACUCUCUCUUUAAGACUCUUUCUCGUCUUCCAUCAUUUUACUCACGAUUUCUUCCUUUUUCUUUUUCUUCUUCUUCUACUACUACUACUAUUAUUAUUACUACUACUACUGCAUUUUUCUACUUUGUCUACUGUUCUUGCUACUACUCUUCCUUUUUUCUUCUCUUUUCUUCACUGCUUCCUUUUCUUUAUCUUUUUUCUUUAUUUUUGCCUUUUACCUCUUCAUCUCCUACAAUUCCUGACGCCCCCUCUUCGUCUUUUUUCUCCUACUCUUUACUCUUUUCUUUCUCUAUUUUUCUACUCGCUCUAUUACUAGUACUUUUUCUCUUUCUUCCUCUUUGUCAGUUUAUUAUUAGUCUUUUUUUUUUACUUCAUCUGUUGCUAUUACUACAACCCUUAUUUCUUCUUCUUCUUCUUCUUCUUCUUCUUCUUCUUCUUCUUCUUUCAUCGCCUUUGUUGCUUGGCAACGUUGUGCAACUUAUUGAUUAUUUCCAACUCUGUCGUUUCCGCCAUCAUCAUGAACCUCACCACUACAGCCUCAGCUCCUGCUGCAAGACACUUGAGGUUGGACGCACGGUUGAGGAGUUUGCAACUGCUCCACAAACAAGACUGAGACAGUCUUUUCAUAUCUAUCUAUCUAUCUAUCUAUCUAUCUAUCUAUCUAUCUAUCUAUUCUUUUUAUAUCUAUCUUUAUAUUGCAAUUUUUUCAUAUCUAUCUAUCUAUCUAUCUAUCUAUCUAUCUAUCUAUCUAUCUAUCUAUCUAUCUUGAUAUCGCAGUCUUUUCGCAUCUAUCUAUCUAUCUAUCUAUCUAGUCUUUUCAUAUCUAUCUAUCUAUCGAUCGAUCGAUUGAUUUAUCUAUCUUAUAUCGUAGUCCUUUCAUAUCUAUCUAUCUAUCUAUUCUAUCUAUCUAUCUAUCUAUCUAUCUAUCGCAGUCUUUUUAUAUCUAUCGUCAUAUCACACUUCAUAUCGCUGUCUUUUCACAUCUAUCUAUCUAUCUAUCUAUCUAUCUAUCUAUCUAUCUAUCUAUCUAUCUAUCUAUCUAUCUAUCUCAUCUUUUCAUAUCUAUCUAUCUAUCUAUCUAUCUAUCUAUCUAUCUAUCUAUCUAACAGUAUUUUCAUUUCUAUCUAUCUGUUUCUCACUCCCUCUUUCUCUCUCUCCCUCUUUCUCUCUCUCUCUAUAUAUGUAUAUAUCUAUAUAUUCUGUUCAUCUUUCUCCAUUUCUAUUUCAAUCCAUCUAUCUAUUCAUCUCGCUCUUUCUCGUACUAUCUAUGUUUUAAUCUGUUCCUCUCUUUCUCUCUCUUUUUCUCUUUCUCUCUCAAUCUAUCUAUCUAUCUAUCUAUCUAUCUAUCUAUCUAUCUAUCUAUCUAUCUAUCCCAGUCUGUUCAUCUAUCUCUUUCUCUUACCAUCUAUCUAUCAUAGUCUGUUCUCUCUCUCUCUCACUCUCUCUCUCACUCUCUCUCUCACUCUCUCUCUCUCUUUCUCUUUCUCUCUCAAUCUAUCUACCUACCUACCAGUUGGCAUUUUCUGUUCAAAUAUUUUUUUUUACAAAUUGCGGCAUUCAAUCUUUUUUAUUUUCCUUUCCUCAAUUUUCCUUCGUUCUUUUUUCUUUCUUCAUUCUUUUUCUUUUCUCAAAUAUACGUUUCCCCCUCUUUCUUUUCUUCUUAAUUAUCGUUAUUUUUUCUUCUAUUUUAAAAACCUUCUUUCCCCAAAUUUAAUCUUUAUUCUUUUUCCCGUCAUCUUCUUUCUUUCUUUCUUCCUUUCUUUCUUUCUUUCUUUCUUUAUUUCUUUCUUUCUUUCUUUUAGGUCUUUUCCUAUUUUUUAUUCUUUUUCUUUUUUAAAACUCUUUCCUGAAUUUAAUCUUCAUUCCUUUUCCGUUCAUUUUCUUUCUUUUUUUCUUUCUUUCUUUCUUUCUUUCUUUCUUUCUUUCUUUCUUUCUUUCUUUCUUUUCUUCUUCUGUCUUAUAAUCAUUCUUGUUUCUACUUUUUAA